AUGGUCAAUUUUUCUAACCAGCUCAUGGGAACACUGUUACUUCUUACCAUUGCAGGCCUAACGCGAGGACAGACCUCCAACAUAUCGUAUCGGAUUGUUAAUGGAAGCAGCGUCUCCAUAUUGGAAUACCCGUUCCUGGUGUCGCUGCAGCGUUGGGAGAAGGACACAAAGACGCACAUCUGCGGUGGUACACUGAUCAGUGAUUUAUGGGUUCUUACAGCAGGACACUGCGUCGACGAAAUUGAGCGGGACCUGUCGGUUAUAGUGCGUGCCGAAUCGUCCUUCCACGCGUCCGGUGGUGUGCUACUGACCGUAAGCCGCGCGCUGAAGCACGAAAACUUCCGCUACAGUUCUCCCGGGAUUGACUUUGAUUUUGGUUUGCUCAAGCUGAGCAGUAAGUUCGAGCGAGCGGUCCCGGUACCGCUCAUUGCCAGGCAUCGACGGAUUCCGGCCGGAGAGCUGUGCACCGUCGUAGGCUGGGGUAUGACCAAGGGAACUGGCGAUCGGGAGCAGCUCCGGAUGGUACGAUUGCCGAUUGUGGCGCAGUCGGUGUGUAGCGAGGCGUACUCACUGUUUGAGCCCAUCACGUGGCGUAUGCUGUGCGCUGGGUACGAAGACGGGGGCCGGGAUGCGUGUGAGGGCGAUUCGGGUGGACCACUGCUCUGCCGAGGUAUGCAGGUUGGAAUCAUCUCUUGGGGUGUUGGCUGUGCCAAGCCGAACCGCUAUGGCGUCUACAGCAGCAUAUCGAACCAACGGUCCUGGAUCCAACAGAUAACCGCUGGCGAAGGUGGAAGCACUCAGCGACUCUCCUUCCGAAUCGUUAACGGUACGGCCACCGAGAUCACCAACUAUCCGUACAUUGUGUCGAUUCAACGUUGGACACCCUUGGAAAAGACGCACAUCUGCGGUGGAACACUCAUCAGCAAUAGCUGGGUACUGAGUGCAGCCCAUUGUGUGGAGUAUGUAUAUCGACUCACUCCCCAGACCGCUAUGGUACGCGCCAACUCAUCGUUCUACCGGAAAGGUGGCAAACUGCACCGGAUCGCGCAAGUGAUCAAGCAUGAGAACUUCACCUACAUCACUGGCGACUACGAUUAUGGAUUGCUGAAGCUGCAGCAGAGGUAUCUGCGGGCAGCACUCGCUAGAUUACCUUCCGGUAAGCGACGCUUCCCUCCCGGGGAGCUGUGUGAGGUGAUCGGUUGGGGUUACACCUUGGGACCGGAAUCGAGGGAACAGCUGCGUUCGGUUGCGCUACCGAUCGUUCGGCAGUCAAUUUGCCGUAAGGCGUACCAGUCAACCGAUGAGAUAACGGGUCGCAUGAUGUGUGCCGGAUAUGCAGAAGGUUUGCGCGAUGCGUGUGAUGGUGAUUCUGGUGGGCCGCUCAUCUGCCGUGGACAGCAGGCUGGUAUCAUCUCGUGGGCGAUCGGUUGUGCCCGGCCCAACAAGUACGGCGUGUACAGUAGCAUCGCAGCGGGUCGUGAGUGGAUUAAGCGACAAACUGGCGUCUAG